GCAUGAGAGAAAUCGUGCCUUAACAUUGCGUAUUUUCAUACUAAUGCCUAAUGUGCUUCGAUCGUAGUAUCUAAUUCAAUAUUUAUAUUUAGAACGAGAUAUAAAGAGAAAUUUCUUUAUCAAGGGAGCUGAAAUAUCUCGUUAAACUAGCUCAUUGGGAGAACGUUACUGACAUUCCGUAAAGAAUUACCGUACCCUUACUGAUGGAUGACGAUACUAUAACCUUUGAGGAAGAGGAUGAAAUUGUUCCAAGUGAUAAACUCAAGCAUCCAUACAUCACCAUGUUCCACCUAGCAUUUAGAAUAUCGGCUAUAGUAGUUUAUAUGAUGUGUCAAUUAUUUUCAAAUAGCUUUAUCGCAAGUUUUGUCGUCGUUGUACUUCUUUUGUCCAUGGAUUUUUGGACCGUUAAAAAUAUAACUGGAAGAUUGAUGGUUGGACUUAGAUGGUGGAAUUAUAUAGACGACAAUGGAAAGAGCAACUGGGUAUUCGAAUCUAAAAAGGGUGCUCAACAGUACCAUAUUAACAUGGCAGAGGCACGUAUCUUCUGGUUGGCAUUGAUACUGUGUCCACUUUUGUGGUCGGUAUUAUUUGUUACAGCCUUAUUUCGUUUAAACUUUCAAUGGCUAUUACUCGUAUGUAUCGCAAUCAUAUUAAAUGGAGCAAAUCUUUACGGAUACGUGAAAUGUAAAAUGGGAGGUAACCAGUAUAUUUCAACAGCUACCAGUGACUUCUUUAAGAAACAAAUCAUACAAAAUGUUGCGUCCAUGAUGACGAGGAGCCCACCAACAAAUAAUCCAAAUCAACAGACUAAUGUAAUAUAAAAUAUUUUUUGUAAGUAUGAUGUAUAUGGAAAUUAAUAACGUCGUAAAUGUGUAUUGGAGGAAUGACGAUAUGCUUGUACAUAAUAAUAUUAGGUAUUAAAUUUUAAGUAUUCUGUAAUAAAAUUAUUAUUUCGCAAUGAAGAAAAA